ACAGGAAAAUGUAAAAUAGCACUCUUAACAACUGGUUCAGAAAUUACAGGUCCACGUAAACAACGGAAACAACUGGUUGGCUGACACCAACUGUGGUUCUAUCCUGUGGAUUACGUGAUUGCUUACUAUACAUUAUGCUGGACUGUUGAAGUCAACUAAAGCGAUUUGUCGCAAUAAGGUUUAUAAAUACGUGUGGCUGAAAAAUUACGUCAUUCAAGGAGUAAAAAACGUGGCAGUGACCAGCUCGUAUGGUAUAUGAUGGUUAUUCUACAGUUGAAAGACACCAAAUUGUCAAGAUAUUCUCUGAAUUGUUUAGUUACAAUUUUAGGAAACACACUCAUAUCUAAACUAGAAGGGUACCAUCAGUUGGCUAUAAUCGUGGUAGAAUCAUAUUUCCGACAGAAGUUUUUUAGAUCUACCCAACUUGACAAAAAUGGCACGCUAUAAUCACAUUGCAACAGCUCCACUUUUAUUCCUGAUUAUAAUCAUGUUUUUUUCUCAAAUAAUUCCAAGUAACUCGAGAUCAAUGAGAAGAAAGAAGGCCCGAAACGCUGAUUUAGACAUAUCGGAGCUUAUGGAAACUUACAGAAAUCCUUGUCCGGAAAUGUUCGAAUAUGAACAAGUAGACGACAAUCUCUGGAAAGGAAUAAUAAGAGUUGCGAAAGAUCCCCAAAGUGAACCUAAUAUUCUAGACGUGACAAUGAUGGUUUUGGGAAUGGACCCUAUUGGAGAAAUGCUUCGAGUAGAUUAUGUAGGACCGGAAGAUGACUUAUUAGUAUAUGAACUUAUGCUUCCGGUAUCAAGUAUUGAAGAUUGGGCGAUGCUUGAGCUAAGUGUAAAUAAUGAGAUCGUUUGUAAAUCCGGCAUGGAUGAUGAAAGUCUGCCUAUGACUCGUGCGUACUUCAGAUCUAGAGCGAUUGCAACCAAAAGCGCACGAAGCUUGAGGAAGGCUAAAAGAAAUAAAAAUCGACGACGAGGGAGGAGAUACUAACACAAGAAAGCAGAAAAGGGAACUAGAAUACCA